GGCCCAGCAUCGGACAAUGCUCGUCAGUAUUGCCAAGCAGUGCCUGUGAAGCGUAUCUAGCGCUAUAAAUUGAAUAUACAUUCGAAAUGGCUCCCCGUGAAAAGAUUGAAUUCGUCCUUGUGCGCCUGGCCUAUGUGCCGUAUAUUCAUCCGCUGUACCCUCGCAUCAGCUACCAGAUCAGGAAGCAUCCCCCAUCUGGAUCCAUCAUCCAAGUGCGCGAUUGGUUCGAGCAUGUAAUGAUGAGGGAACGUUCAAAGCUACCUCCUAAUGUCAAUCUUCGGUACGCCGAGUGGCGCAUCAUUACCGGCGACGUGGAUCUGUUUAACGUGCAAGGCUGUCGCUACGACAAGAUCAUGCUGGUGCUCGGCGAAGAGAACAUAUCAUGGGUGUUCUAUCAGAACAUGCCACUACAUCGUCGCAUCGAAGGAAGCGCCUGCUUCCCAGUCAGCUACUGUGGAUGCUGCCUAAACAACCAGUAUCUGGACAUUAUGGAUAAGAUCAAGCAAACUGUGUCCAGAAAGAAGAUACGAUAAAUAAAAAGCAUUUAGUACUAAUGGAAA